CUACAGUAGGCGACUUCACUUUGAUCCCUGCUGCAGCCAUGCACCAAGGCGCGGAGAUAUGUUUACCCCGCAAAAAGAAGGUGCAUAACGGCUUCCACCCCAACACUUUCAGGAUAUUCGACGAGAACGUACCCGACAGAAUUCCACCUGAUAAGGUUUACCAUGACCACAAAUAUGCCACACGAUCGGCUGAAGAGAGCCAGCUUCUUCAGACGCACAAUACACCGCAGCCAUACAAUGCCAAGUUCAUCCGAACCAACGUCAGAUUCCUGAACGCACCUGUUGUUCACAUGGAGACGGACAACGCAAAGGACGAACAGUUUAAAUGGUGGGCCACUGUGAGUGUGGACGGUGAAAGGCCCAAGGCCCUGUACAGUGUGGACACCACCCAGAGGACCGACUACCAGGCCACCACACCUUCCCCGGUCACUCGGGCCAACGAUGAACGAGGCAGAGCCUUUGCCUCCGCCAUUAUCCCAACACUGGAACCGCUGGGGCAACCCAAGACCUUACUGGAGCACAUGUCAUUCACUCACCAGUACGACUCCAGAAAGCUGCACAACCAGCCGUACCAAGGAGGGCGACACGGAACCUUCGUCUGGACCGAGCUGACCAGACCGCAGGGCCAGGUACCACCGUCCAGCGCCCCGUGUGCCAAACCGGGCCCUGAAGACACCAACGUCAAAGAUCCGUCCGGCCAGCACCUCUCCCCCUCUUCCUCCUCCUCCACCUCCACCUCUUCAUCUUCAUCAGCCCAGCUCAACUCGGAGGGUGGAGGCCGGUGCGUGGGGACGGGGCGGGGGGGUCACGGAGGGCCCCGGGCCCCUGAGGGUGGAGCUCGCUCGGGCUGAGACUGGGCGAGAGAGAAGAAGCCAGCUGUAGGAGGACAGGCUACUGCACGUACACGCAUACACACACACACACGCACACACGCACACACGCACACACACAGACACACAAACACACACACACACACAGACGCACACAUACACACACACACGCAGACGCACACAUACACACACAGAUGCACGCACACGCACACGCACACGCACACGCACACGCACACGCACACGCACACACACACACACAUGCACAUACACAGAUACACAUGCGCUGCACAAAGUUGAGUUGAGAGACAUGUACCCCACACACACACACACACAGACACACAGACACACACACAUACACACACACACAGACACACACAUACACACACACACACACACACACACAUGCAGCUAUCACACCUCUCCACCCGCACUACAUUGCAUCAUGCCUGCUCUGCUGCUCCUGUCACAGUCAGGUUUUACUGUAACAACAGCGCACAUCCUCGUAUCUCAUCUCAGCACCUGAAGGGCUCUCUGGAAUAAACCAGCCUCAAAUCUG